ACAACAAAUCUAUGACAAGUAGGCCUACAUUUCACAAAUAAUCUGCUAUUUGAUGAGACAGCUGAACUCGAGUCCCGACCUACAUAUUAAAGAGUGGAUUAGCGAACAGCUGAAAAAAAACAGAACACAAACUAGGGCUGGUUAUUGGUGUCAGCACAAAAUUCACUGAACACACAUUAGUCCGGGCAAUAUAAGAGGGAAAAACACAUUCCUUGAGCUUUCUGCCCAGGAGAUUCAGGGAUGUCAAGAAUGAUUUGUUGAUCCAGUUGUUGUUAGGAGAUUCCAAACAGUUUCACUCAAAGGCUGUCCUUCAUAGACUUAAAUUUGCUCAGUUUGCACGGUUUGUGAAUCAGAGUUAAUCACAGACACACACCCAUAUACAGCCAAGCCCAUACAAACAUUCAGCUGACACCUGUCAUACACACCAUCAUGGCCAAUAUUUAUCCAUAUGGCUGCUUCACUCAUGCUGUCGUCAGAUGUAUCCCAGAGUCCUUUGGGAAGUUGGCAGAGGGUGGAGAUGGGUUUCAGACUGACCUCGCCAAGGCCCAGCGUCAAAUGGGUGUGCUGACAGGUGCGCUGAGGCAAAAGGUGGGGCUGCAGUUGAUAGAAAUUCCAGCAGACUCUGAGCUGCCUGAGAGCUGGCGGAUCGAAGACAUUGCUGUGAUCCAAGGUGACACGGUGCUCAUCACACGACCCUUCAAACAGCAGAGACGCCUUGAGGCAGAAGCUGUGCGGCGAGUCCUAAAUGAACUGAACCUGACAGUGGUGGAGAUGGGCGAUGAGGAGGGAGGGUCCGGUGGAGCCACUCUAGAAGGAAGUGAUGUCCUCUUUACUGGAAAAGAGUUCUUUGUGGGCAUUUCGAAACACACCAAUCACAGAGGGGCAGAAGUUCUGGCCAACACCUUCAAGGACUUUGCUGUGUCCACUGUGCCCGUUUGUGGAGGAUCUCGUCUGAAGAGCAUCUGUUCCAUGGGCGGCCCCAAUACCAUCAUCAUCAGUAAUAGCGACGGGGCCAAAAAAACACUCAGAGUAAUGGAGCAGCUGACUGACCAUCACUAUGAGAUCUUGUCAGUACCUGAGGAGGUUGCUGCUAACUGCAUAUACAUUAGAGGUCCUGCAAAAGUGGACUACCUCCUGCACCCCACAGCGGAGGAGUGUCCCAACAGUAUCCCUGCCUUCCAGCGUUUGACAGACUACACCCUACUGCCCACAGCCUGUAGUGAAGCCUCUAAACUUGGGGGAGCACUUACCUCCUACUGCCUUCUCAUCAACAAGAAAUCCAACUAUUAAGACACUCCAGUACAAUUUCUGCAUAAUCAGAUUUUCAUUUACUUUGUUACAUCAUUUCUUAUACAGUCAGUUCAGUGUGUGAUUUUAGGCACAGAGUAUAGUGGUAUAGUCAAGCUAGAACUGGUUUGCUGUAGUCUGCAGCUAUCCAAUUUGUUUUUUUGUUUUUUUUAAUAUGUUUAUGUUAUGUAUUUAUCGUGUUUAGAUCCUUAGAAUGGGCACAUAUUAUAAGAGUAAUAUAAUAAAUGGCUUUGAAAUAAACAACAGAUGAACUGCUCACUCACAAUGGAACUGAGCAGUUAAAGUUAUAGUUCACCUAAAAAAAAAAAAGAAAAGAAAAAAAAAAGUUGUUUCAUUAUUUACUCACCUUCGUGUCAUUCUAAAUCUUUUGUUCUAAUUCAGGGGUUCUCAAUUCUGGCCCUCAAGGUCCACUUUCCUGCAUAAUUUAGUUCUAACCUUGAUCAAACUCACCUGCCUGUACCUCUGUAGUAAUCCUGAACACAUUGAUUAGUUUGUUCAGGGGCCCAUAGCAGGAAGGUAGUUGAACAAACUUUGGGUUACAGGAUUUAUUUCAAGUUGAUAAAACCAAACCAGUCCAAUCAGGCUUAGUUGGUACUGUAACAUUUUUUGUCAACUCAGAUUUUAAUCCUGAGUUCUUGAAUAACUGUUCUGCGUAUGCACAUGAAAGUGUGACAUCAGUAGCAAGCAGCCGAUCGCAGGCCUUCAAAACACAAACUGAUUCACUUCUCACAGAGCGAGUCAGGGUGAUUCAUUUCUUUCUUCUGCCAAAGAUUAAGAGAUUGAAAAAUAGGGAAAAUGUAAUCAUAUUUACACAGAAAGAAGAUUUGUCCAUAAAAGAACACAAUUAAAAGAAAACAUCUUGCUAUAUCAGUGCAAGUGAAAGUUAAUUUUAUAUAGGUUUACUGGCUCAAAACUGUAAGCGCACACAUAAUCAUUUUUAAAGCUUUAUCUAUUAAUUCUAAAUCUUAAUACAUAUUAUCUGCAUAUAUUUAUAUUAAUUUAAACAAUAGUUAAUUGUUAAAUAGAAAUUGCUUAUGUGUAAUGGAUUAAGGGUAUAUAAUUAUACAAAUAUAUAAAUCAUAUAAAAUAAUAGUCUUUACUAUAAGCUUGACAAUUUUGUAUUUAAAAAACUUUUACUAUGUUGUGACCUUUAAUUUGGAGCAAGAGAAACUAGGAGAGUGUCAUUAUUGCCUAAGAGAUUUUACUUUGCUCAGAGCUGAUUGGUCCAAUUUCAGUUUAGAUCUUUUACCUUGAACAUAACCUGGACUGGAGCUGGUUAGCCACUAUAGUGAUGAACACCGCUACAAGCGUGGUGUCAGAAGCCCAGGGUUGGCACAAACUAAACUGAAACACCUUUAUAGCCACCUAAAACAACUUCAUGGUACAAGCCUGUGAUGUGUAUAAUUAGUGUUGGAGCUAAAUGCUGCAGGAAAGUGAACCUCAAGGAAAGAGUUUAGAACUACUGUUCUAGCUUACAAGAUAUGGAUUCUGUAGGUAUAUUCCACUAUUAAAGGUUAUCAUAAACAAUGAUUUAAUUGCUUUUCUUCCCAAUAAAGAUCAACAUGUCAGUGGA